CCGCCCAAAUCGGUGUCGACACAGCCUUCAACGGCCCGCGACCCCUUCUAUAGGCACGAGAAUGCGGCGCGCCUCUGUGCGCGGUUCAUCACCCACCUCUUCGCUUGCCCCGAGUACCCUCCCUCGUCGUCGGGCUCUACUGUGAAGCUACCGUACUUCAUCGCCUACGCCCUCCACCAGACGAAACUCCACGCAUCGGUUACCUUUGCCGCCCUCGUCCUCCUCCAGCGUCUCAAGGCCCGUUUUCCCACUGCUCGCGGCUCAUCUGGCCACCGUCUUUUCGUAUCCGCGUUCAUGAUCGCCUCUAAGGUGAUCUGCGACGACACUUACUCCAAUAAGAGUUGGAGCAUCGUCGCACAGAGUAUGUUCCAGUUGCGCGAGAUCAACCAGAUGGAGAGGGAGAUGUGUCAGUACUUGGAUUGGGAGCUCAAUGUCGACCCCGUCACACUGCAGGAGUUCGAGGCGAUGAUCCGCAAGGACUUCGCGGGCCCUGGACCCUAUCCCACCUAC